AGUGGCACGUGAUGCAGGUACUGUGCAUGUGUGGGAAUCUGACGGAGUCUGUUGUUGGUGGCUGACCUCCAGUGACAGCUGGUGAGCAAAUGCAGAAUAUUGAAGUGGACUGCAGUCGAUGUAAGAAUGCUGUUCAUUGACUAUAGCUCAGCAUUCAACACCAUAGUACCCUCCAAGCUCGUCAUUAAGCUUGAGGCCCUGGGUCUCUGUGCAACUGGGUCCUGGACUUCCUGAUGGGCUGCCACCAGGUGGUGAAGACAGACUCAUCUCUACCAACAGUUGGACCAGCAGAGAACACCACAGCUUGAACACAUGACCAUGAUCACCAGAAUACUCCUGCUCCUUGCUGUCACCAUCUGUGUCACAGCCGCCCAGCGUUCUGUGAGCCAGCGAUGUUUGUGUCGGAAGGUGCGGGACAGCUUUGGCGCUCCAAACACUGUUGAGGACAUCCAGAUCAUUCCGCCAACUCCCUCCUGUGACAGGCUGGAGUUCAUUGUUAGCCUUAAGAAUGGAGUGCAGUACUGCCUGGACCCCAGUAUGAAAGUGCAGAGACUUCUCACUCGCCUGAUGAAGAAGUCCUCUCCCCCAACUCUCCCCACUCCAAUUGAGGCCAUCCCUAAUGAGAGAAGCACUGACCCUGCUGAUAUCUGAUUCCCUGUCUCAGACUCCCUCUAUGACUCCAUUUAGCAGGGUUUCCCAAACUCGGUACUGGGGCCCCGACUUGCUGCAUGUUUUGAUUUUUGCCCUAGCACUACACAGCUGAUUCCAAUAACCAACUCAUAGUCAAGCUUUGAUUAUUAGAUUAAUCUGUGUAGUGC